CAGUGCAUCAUGGACUCGUGCAGCAUCAACCCCACCUGCCAGGAGCCGCGCGUCAUCAUCGUGGGUGCCGGCAUGGCGGGGCUCUCCGCCGCGCACCGCCUCACACAGUGCGGGAUACGCAACUUUGUCGUUCUCGAGGCUAAAGAGAGGCCUGGUGGACGAAUCCACUCAUGCUGGCUUGGAGAUGCUGUCAUCGAAAUGGGUGCAGAGUGGAUUUAUGGCGCUUCUUUACCUAAUUCCGUCUACACACUAGCAUCUCAUGAUCGAUUACUGCAAUCACCGUUACCCCGACUGGAUCAAUCCCGCGGUUUGUUCUGUACUAGCGAAGGAAGAGCAGUAGAUUUACCCGUUACAAUAACAGCUUACCACACCUUCCGACAAAUAGAACAACAAGCUGCGAAUUUAUUUAGAUUAGGCGGAGAGAGGAUGCACGGGACUCUGCUUAAUUUUAUCGGUCUAAGAAUACAACAAGAACUGCACAACUUUCCCGAGGACCAGAGAUAUGACGCCGCUCGAGUAAUGUUCGGUUUAACCAAUAUUUUGAGGAAUAGAUGCGGUGAUGACUUGUCUCUUGUCAGUGCAGAUCAGUACGGUAGUUAUAUAGAACUACCUGGCGGGAAUGUUCGCGUUCCACUCGGAUUUGUUGGUGUAAUGGCACCUUUGCUCCGAGGACUGCCUGACAAUAGCAUACGAUAUAACAAGGCGGUGAGUGUGAUCCGCUGGGGCAGUGGCCAGACGGGCGAAGGCCGCGUGCUCAUCAAGUGCUGUGACGGUGAAGAGAUGUGUGCCGAUUACGUUAUCAUAACAUUGUCGCUCGGAUGUCUUAAAUGUCAGGCUGAUAAACUGUUUGCACCACCUCUUCCGGUGUGUAAAUUGGAUGCAAUUUGCAAUCUCGGCUUUGGCCUAAGUGACAAAGUAUUCCUGGAAUAUGCUGAACCAUUUUGGGUAUGCCAUGAAGGUAAUUUAAAAUUAGGAUGGUCCGCCGAAGAGCUUGCGAAUAGAUCAGACUGGACAAGAGGCGUAAGCUCUAUAGAUGAGAUGCCAGGCAGCAAACAUGUUUUAUGCGCCUGGAUUUCUGGACAAGAAGCCGCCGUAAUGGAAUCCAUGUCUGAAACUGAUGUCGCUGAAGGACUGACACAACUAUUACGUAAAUUCACAGGCAACCCAUGUCUUCCCUAUCCUCAAAUGAUAUUACGAUCGCGUUGGGCUUCUGAUCCACAUUUCUGUGGUGCAUACUCUUACAUGAGUUGUUGCUCUCUGGUUAGUCAUCAGUGUGAGCUUGGCACGCCUGUGCCGGGUCCCUGCGAACCCACUCCGCCCGUACUUCUGUUCGCGGGUGAAGCGACCGUGCCUGGUUACUUCGCGACUGUACAUGGGGCAAGACUCAGCGGUAUCCGUGAAGCUGAGCGUAUUAUUUUGCUCACAAAAAAAUUCGAAGGUCCGCCAUGUUAG